CAAUCCACCUCAUGUCCUCCUUUGCUCACGCCCGGCGGACGAUCCGUCUCUCUUCUAUUCCAGUCUCUCGGCUUCCUCACCUUUAUCGACGGCUCGAGACGGUGUCGCUUAUUGAGUGUGUACAGCAUAGCGCCCAUUGUAGCCGAGCCCGAUUUGCUGCAAAGCUUGACGCAGCCGCUUCUCCUCCUUCCCCCGCAACCUCCCCCCUCAGACGGCAUUCGUCACCAUGCCGUCCAUCCUCAACGAUGACGACAAGGACACCGUCAAGCGCUUUGUCCCCAAGCAGUCCAACAAGAUCCAGGCUGUUGCCGUCGCAAGACUCUAUGUUGCCCAUCCGGAUCCUACUAAGUGGACGUAUACGGGGCUUCAGGGCGCUGUUGUCCUAGCUAAUGACUUGGUUGGCAACACGUACUGGCUGAAAAUGGUGGAUAUUUCGCCUUCCAACCGAGGCGUUAUCUGGGACCAAGAAAUCUUUGACACAUGGCACUACAACCAGGACCGAACCUUUUUCCAUACAUUCGAGCUCGAAGAGUGCCUUGCGGCCCUUAGCUUCGUCGACGAAAAAGAGGCCAAGCAGUUCCGAAAGAAAAUGGACGACCGAGAGAAGAAUGCCAGCAGAGCGACGCGAUCCACGCCAUUCGGAGGCGGCGCACAACCCCAGAAACCUAGCCUCCUCGGUGGCCUGUUUAGCAGACACUCGUCAUCAUCUGCUGCACCGGAGCCUCCCAAGGCGCAUGCUCUUCCGCAUCCUGGCGCCGGAAUGAAUGGUGGCCAGCCGCAUUCUGACUUCCCUCUUCUUGAUGCUUUUGAUCCGCUCUGGCGCGAACACUUUGGCAAGGAUCUUAGCGACAAGGGCCUGACUGACGACUUCAUUCGCGAAAACCAAGAAUUCAUUGUCGACUUUCUCCGCGAAGAACAGCAAAAGGUUCCUUCACACAACGCUCCGCCAGCACCUCCACCUUCUCGACCGAAUGGUAAUGAUUCGCGAGGCGGACGAGCGCCCCCUCCACCACCGCCUCCUGGAGGUGCAUCUACCGGCAAGAAGGGCGGCCCUCCGCCACCUCCGGCCCCGAGACGCGGAGGCAAGACGGAUGCCGCACCGGUCGAGCCCCCUACGCCUCCAGAAGCUACUCGGCCCAAGUUCAGUGCCCCCCCUCCAUUGGCCGAUGCUGGAAGAUUUGCGCAUGUUGUCGAAGAGCCCAAGCGGCCAGCCGCGCCGACAGCAGCCGCCCCGUCCGCCGGACCACCGCCUCCUCCCCGACCAGCCAAGACACCUCUUGAAAUCGAGAACGAAAGCCAUAAGUUCAACGUUCCUCCCUCCUUUAGUGGCCAACGUCUUCCACCUCCUACACCAUCACGGGGUGCCGUGCCUCCGCCGCCUCCUCCUAGAGUCAGCGAUGCGCCCCCGUUGCCUCCAAAGGUACCACCUGGCGGCGCGCCUCCUCCUCUGCCCCCAUCAAACAGUCGACCAAUGCCUCCAGCACCUGGUGUUGGUGCACCUCCUCCACCUCCUCCACCUCCUCCACCUCCGCCACUACCUUCGUCCGGAGCUCCUACCGGCGGUCCUCCUCCUCCACCUCCACCAAUGCCGAGUCGCGACUCUGGGCCUCCUGCCCCUCCUCCCAUGCCGAACCGAAAUUCGGGAGUCCCUCCUCCUCCUCCUCCUCCUCCACCAAUGCCAAGUCGCGACUCUGGGCCUCCUGCCCCCCCUCCUCCCCCUCCGGGUGGUGCACCAGCUCCAUCACUUCCCGCCGCCAACGCCGGACGAUCUGCUAUGCUUGGAGACAUUCAAAAGGCUGGAGGCAUCAUGUCUCUCAAGAAGGUUGACAAGAGCGAGAUCAGAGAUCGCAGCUCCGCGCAGACUGGCGGCGCUGGUGAUUCCGUUGCUUCGGCUGCUGCUACCGGCGCAGCUGCUGGAGCAGGCGGUGGCAUGGCCGACGCGCUGGCGCAAGCCCUCAAAGCUCGCAAGGAUAAAGUUAGCAAGAGUGAUGACGAGGACGACGGCGAUGAUUGGGACUAAGUAUACGACAAAAAUACAGUUAUGCUAGCGACUAUUUGCUGGAUGCUGGGCGACGUCAUUCUCUCCUAAUAGCCUUGUAUUGAGAUGCGGAGAGUGUUUCGUCGCAGGCCGUGUAUAAAAUAAUGCCAAAACCGGUACAUGUGGACUACGGAUGCUAAAGCAAUGGUGAAAAAUGUGGCAUGGGAUAAUGGUGCUCUUGGAUUGGCCUGGAAGGAAGAAGGGUUAGGAAGGGUACAUAUAUAAAACAAUGGAAUGAAUAUCAUGUUGAUCAAGAUGUUGUCUAGAGUCACGCGAUACUAAGCAAGGUGGUUUGGACAUGUUGGUUUAAUGAUCAGAACACCAAAGUUUUAUUUGGUUUUUUUUGUUAUUAUUCUUCUUUGAAUUUUAACAGAGUUUUGUUUUUCGACGAGCCGCGACGUCUCUCCCACCACGGCCCAUCCAAGCUUACACCCCCAACUACUGUCGUGGGACCAGCCACACAUCCUAGCUAGAAGAACCCUAAAUAAGAAUGCAAGAAAGCGGCUGGUUUGAGAGAGAAGACAGCCUAGUAGAGUAUUGAGUUGUACUGCGCACACGCACGUUUGCGGGGAACCAAGCGAGAGCGCAGCGUGGUUGUGAAGGUGCAAGGAAAGAAAGAGCAAGAACAAAGACAAACACUAAGGGGCUCCAAGAGACUUUGUCAAGGAAGCCGCCGCUUUAGAUGUCGUCAAUGUCAAUCUCCUUGGCCUUCUCCUCAUCAGAGUCGUCCUCGUCAUCGGAGUCGGCAUCGCCGAAUUCGAAGUAGGCCUCGCCCUCCUCGCCCUGGCCGAACUGUUCGGCUUCAUUGAUCUUGGCGUGCUCGGGGAGCUCACCGUAGGACUUGAGGGUACGGGCUUCGUCGGCAGUGUACUUGAGGAUAACAUCGCCCUUGUCGUCCUGGAAAUCUCUCAGGGAGAGAAGGAUGAUGUCACCCUGGUUGAUCCAGACCUUCUUGCGCAUCUUGCCACGGAUCUACAGAAACAUGUUAGUAAACUAGUAAACUACGUAGUGAAAGGAAAAGAGGCUGCUUUAUGUUCGGUGCACGUGCGGCCGUAUAAAAACGCGCCGCAGGUCGUUUUGCGCAACGGGAUCGAACAGCGGCGAGAGGGGCGAGACGUACGUUACCGAGACGCUUGGUACCGUCGAAGCAGAGGGCCUCGAGACGGCCGUUACCCAACAUCUUGACGACCUGGGCGUACUCCUGACCAUCCUCCUUGAAGGUCAACUCACGACGCUGAUCGUCGUUCUCCUUGGUACCUCUUCUUCGGUUCUUGCCACCCUAUAAGACGGGAAAAAAAAGAAAUAUUGUUAGCAGAACUGUUUACGGUAUGGAAUAGCUGCUAGUUGGCUUCGGGGUAUCAUCAUCGUCGCUACAUUCGAGGCAUAUGACGCGUCGAGAAGCGCGGCGAGGAGGGGUUAUGGCGGGGGCGGGGAAAGUCGAGGCAGGGGGGGCGAGAUGCUGGCUGAGGAGAGAAGGGGGGAAAUAGAGACGUACUUUUCCCUUGUUCUUAGGCAUCUUUGCGUCUGUUUCUUCGCUGCGGGGAAGAAAAGCCGGCCUUUUAAUGUGUUGGUUUUGGGGGGGAGUGUUUUGUCGCGAGAAAAGAAGAAAGGGAGCGGAAAAGAGGGCGGGCGAAAUUUGGUGGUUUUGUGCAAGAAAAAACCAGGCAAAGGCAAGGCCGGGCGUCUCCACAGCGCCAAACGUUUGGGCGGCAAGGCAGCUCAACAGCCACUGUAGCAGGUGUGCUGUAAGGGAGAG